AUUAAACUAUCUCCUGAGCAAGAAACAGUGCUCCGCAUGGUGGAAGAGGGCAAAAGCGUCUUCUUUACAGGAUCUGCUGGAACUGGGAAGUCCGUGCUCCUAAGAGAGAUAAUACGAAGUUGUCGGAGACGUGGGCUAAUAAGGCAUCAACUUGCUAUCACGGCGUCAACGGGG